AUGGACUGGCUGGCACGAAACCAUCGGCGCCAUCCCCGUCGCAAAGAGCUGAUGGAGAAGGUGUCGCAGCGGAUGUUUCAGCUGGGGUUGACGCCGAGCCCCCACCAGUGGACGGAGAGGCUGAACGAGCAGCUGACUCCCUUUGUCCUGAUGGAUCCUGAGACACAGAGCAUUCCUUGGCCAGGACCCGCUUCGGCCUUGUCCUGGCUGGCGGGCAACUUCAGUACUGUCAUCCUCCCUGCCUUCUCCUCGGCCUCCAAGGCAGGUGCCUGGGAGGAGCACGACGAAGGCCUGCACAAUGCUGGUCACUGGGAGCUGGCUUGGAUUUGGCGUGAAGACGAAUGUCAAGCCAAGUGGCAUCCGGAGGUGUGCCGUCUAGUGGAAGAUGUGCAGGCCAUCUGGCCAACGAGGGAAGCCCUCCUCUCGGCCCGCUUCUCGCGGAUGAACCCCAACACGGAGGUCAUGGAGCACACGUCGGCCACCAACCAGCGCAUCAAGAUCCACUGCGGCGUGCACAACCCCAGCAACGUGACCAUGUACAUCGCAGACAAGGAGCUGACGUGGCGUCGAGGGCACUGCUUCUUGCUGGAUGACAGCUACGGCCAUCGCCUGGCGACCGCUGCCACAGAUGAACCGAGAACCAUCCUCGAGAUCAAGAUUUACCACCCGGACUUGGCAUGGGCCGACUGCCUGGACGAUGACGGCGGGCUGGAAGAAAGGACACCUCGGAGCUGUGACGCGGGCCUCGGGGGCGGUGUGAGUCAGACUUGGGAGCGCACUGCUCUAAGGAGCUGGAACAUCCACAUCUCCCAGCGUGACCUCCGCGCGCACCGUAGGGACUCGGAUCUGGCAGCAGGUGGCGUUGUCUAUGGGAACGGCUUCAUGCGGCUCUUCAGUGGCAGCCACCUUUUGUGCACCGGGUACUUCUACGCAUUCAAGAUCGACGCUGUGGACGAUGAGCAUUUUCCGCUCGACUCGCUCCGCGACAUGUCCCUGGCCUUCGGCGUCUCACACCUUCCGGGUGGGCACAAGCUAGGGAUACGGUCAAUGUACGCCUACGAAAUCCCAGGGACCAUCCUCGUCGGCUACGGCAGACACAUCGUCGACAGUGGCGAAUGGUUCACCCAAAGUGCCUGGGAUCCGAAGUCCCUGGUCGUUGGUGACGUGGUGGGAGUUCACAUCAAUCCGCUGGGAGAUCUUGUCGUGUGGGUGAACGGCGAGCAGGUCCUCAGGACGGUGACCAGCCUCACAGAGGGGAACCGAAACGAGCUGAAUCCGCGUCGAAAGGCCCUGGGCCCUCGCCGGACGCUGUUUCCGGUCAUCGACCUCCAUGGAAGGGUCUCCGCCGUGACGCUCCUCCCGGAAAUGAGCAUGCCGAACCUGAACCUGAAGGCCCGAAGCAAGAUCCGGGAGAAGGAUCUGAACCCGCUGGGCUUCAGGGGCAAGAAGGCUGUUCCGGUGCCGGGGCGCAGCCUGCCCGGCUUGGGCAAGGCCGUGGAGCAGGAGCCCGAGACCCUUCCUGGCUUCCACGAAUUGUGA